AUGCCACAUUUCCCUUCUGCUAGUCAAGCGCCCGAUGGACAGGAAAGCGAUGUAGCGCGCACUGCACGUAUUCGUGUCAAGACCCGAAGGCGAAGAUACCUGGAACAAAAUGUCGACUACUACAACUCGCCCAGCCUAGAGCUUGCAGGUGCUGCCGCGCGGCGUGUACGCUUCCAAAGCGCCGCGGAGCGUGAGGCCGAUGGACGCGACAAGGGUUAUUCGGGCAUACUCGAGGCCGACUUGAUGCGGUCAGAGGCCAAAAUUGAGGCUUUGAACCACCCGGAUCCCAACAGCCCUUUGACAUAUCGACGAGAUGCAUCAGGCGCAAUUACAGUAGUGGAACAAGACGAGGAAGAUAGGCCAAAGACGAAAAAAGAGGGGUUGUCCAAGUGGCGCGAGUACGUCGAGAUGCGUUUCCUCCGAGGCGAAGACCAAGACUUUGAUUACAAGCUUGUCGACGAAGAUGAACGCUAUGACGACCUAGACUGGGAGAGGCGAGAAAGAGAAGAAAACUACUUUGGACAGGAGGAAGCCGAAUUCGUCGGCGAGGGCGAGAAGACGGGUGAGACAGGAGUGCAGGACUAUUAG